UUUAGAUGUUGACUUUGAAGAGAAAUCUGCAGCAUCAUCAAAAAGAAGUGUUUGACAUAACGAUGCGUUCUGUGACAUGCAUGAUGUAUAUGCACAAAAGAUAAAAACCAUGGAGCUUGUGGCCUUUAUGGCCAUGUCAAAAAUCACAGACAGGUGACUUAAAAGCAACCUGCCAUCAGCAUGGGUGAUUCUCUGGUGAACUCCUCCAGUGCUCUCCAAAUGACUUUGCAGAUAACGGCAUGAUAGGGAUGACUAUUUUCGCCCUGAACCGAAUGAGUCACCUACCGGGGUGCCCACCAGGUGGAGGGAAGGGAAAGCGAAAGGAAAAGGGAAAGGGAAGCCCUGAGGCAUUGCCAUGCCCGCCCACCCGACUGCGGAUGUACCACCCGGAACGGAGGGGCGUGUUGGGGGUCUCCCUCAGCUCCCAACAGCACCCCCUUGCGCUGCCCCGCUGCCAGGAGGCAGGCGGCUGCCUCGCAGGGCUGGCAGAGCUUCGAGCCUCCUGUAGGCGGCUCUUCCCGGAGCCCGCGGCACUACGUGGUUUCCUUCCUCCCCCCCCGGGCCGGCCCUGUGGUUGCUGUGGGGCGCGGCCAGGCUGGGCGGGGCAGGGGCGAGCAGAAGAUGGCGUACCCCGGGCAGCCGGCACCCGGCGGCGGCUUCUACCAAGGCGGGUAUGGUGGAGCCCCAGGAGGACCAGCGUUCCCUGGACAAGCCCAGGAUCCUUUGUAUGGUUAUUUUGCUGCUGUAGCAGGGCAGGUGUAGCAUGGCAUCCUUAAAUGAGAUUAAAUUAUGCUCUAAACUCUCUGUGAACAAAACUUCAUGCUGGGUGUGUGAGGAAUGUGGCCUGGCGUUGCACUUCCACUUUGGACAGCUCAUUGUUUUCCAUGACUUAGUUGCUGUUUUAUUUGGCUUGAGAAGGAUGCUUUGGAAGGGAAUCUCUUUUUAGAUUGCACAGAUAGGUAUCUUUUCGGUGUCUUUUUUUCUUUCCAAAUCCUUUGCUUUCUUCUUUUGUUUAUUUUGCUUAUUAUUACCAAGUAAUUUUUUUCUUUAAAGAUUUGUAAGUCUUAAGGCUGUCUUGAGAAGAGGGUAUGUAUGAGCUGAGUUCUAGAUUUCCUAUGUAACCAUGAGAUCAUAAUAAAUCUCUAAUUUAAACUGAAAGAAGUACCAUUAAUUUUAGAGGAAAUCUGCUGAUCCUGUUCAUUUUUUGAGAUCACCAGAUUUGAAUGCUAGUGUGUGUUGCAAAAAUAUCAACUAAAGAAACCUCAUUAGAGAUAGAAGUCAUCAAAGGCAGUUUGUCAUAUAGCAUAAAGAGGGGGGUAAUCAGUUGUUUCUUGAAAGGGUAAAUUAAUGCUACUGAAAAGGGAGCAGGUACUGGGAGAAACUAAAAUGGGAGAGGGAAUGAAAGCAAUAGCUGAUACAUCUUCUGUUAU